GACCCGGUCUGCUACAUUUUCGGGGCUCUCAGACGAUGCAACAACAGCCGCCGCCGCAGACGACUGCGACGACUCCUACUCCGCCGCCUUCGGUAGGAUCCACAUCCGCGGAGGCGCCGCCGAAGCAGGUGGCACUGGCGAUGGACCGCCUCGGCGAAGCCGGCCGACUCAUCGCCGACAUAAGGCUCGGCGCCGACCGCCUACUGGAAGCUCUGUUCAUGGCGGCGCAGCCUCACCAGAGCACGAGGCCGCUCCAGUUGUUCCUGAACGAGGACGCCUCCAUGCGCCAGCACCUCCAGGACCUCCGCGCCAUAGGAAGGCAGCUGGAGGAGUCUGGAGUGCUGAAUGAUUCUCUCCGGUCGAGAAGUAACUCGUGGGGUUUGCACAUGCCCUUGAUUUGUCCCGACGGCGCCGUCGUCGCCUAUGCUUGGAAACGCCAGCUCGCCGGCCAGGCCGGCGCCUCUGCGGUGGACCGGACCAGGUUGGCUCUCAAGGCCUUCACUGAUCAGAAAAGAAGAUUUUUCCCUCACCUGGAUGAUGGAUUGGACAGUCAGUGUGAGGAACCGGUUUCAAAGAAACCAUGUGUUUCCCCGUCAUCAUCGACACACAGUCAAGAAGAGCUACUAGAGUGCAAAACACUGUCGGAGGUUUUAGUUAGCUUGGAAAAGAAGGUGCCUAACUUGAAAAUUUCCACCUAUGAACGGUUGGAUUGGUUGAAAAGAGCAUCUUCACUGCCAGUAAAUGAGAGUCCACUGGAAACAGUAAAGGACCAUGGUUAUCAUAGUUCCAGUAAGUUACGAUUAACUCCACUGGCUGAUGUUGCGGUCGAUAAAGUUGCUGUCAUCGAGUUGCUGUUUCCUUCGGUUUUCAGAGCUGUAGUAUCAUUGCAUCCUGCUGGUUCUAUUGACCCAGAUGCAGUAGCUUUUUUUUCUCCAGAAGAGGGAGGCAGCUAUAUCCAUGCCAGAGGUUUUUCAGUUUAUCAUGUGUUUAAACAUAUCACGGAACAUGCUGGUUUGGCUUUGCAGUACUUUCUUGGAGCGCAAGCUGAAACAGCUCUAUAUUCCCUUUUGCUUUGGAUCUGCAGCUACCAAACUCUAUUUACAAAAGUUUGCAGCAAGUGUGAGCGACUGCUAUCUAUGGACCGUCAAUCAGCGUUGCUGUUACCUCCGGUUAAUCGUCCUUACCGGCAAAUCUCCACAUCGAACAUAUCCUUCGGUCCAAAUCUUACGGAGACUUACCAUGUGGGUUGUUUUACGGAGGAAAUGAUCUAUACUACUAAGGUGAUCUUUUUAGUUGGGCACAUGAGUUGUGGCAGAGGACGUAGCACGUCUGUGUCUUAACUAGUUUUGACUCGUAGAAAGACAUCUGCCUUCCUGCAAAUGUAUCCUUAGAUUUUUGGAGAGAAUUAAUGUAUGUGAUCAUAAUUUUGAUCAGUAGUAGGUUCUCAAUUGUGACUUUCGGUUAAUAUCUAUUGUAUUUGCUUAUAGAAAUCAACAUGUAAAUUUAGAUACUCCACGUAAAGGAAAAUGUUCAUCAUGAUUGUACCAA